AUGUCGGACUUGGAACGUUGGCGUCAACUCUUCCGUGAAGAGGCGCAACGCUGCGUCAAGGAGCUCCGCGAGGUCAUCGAGCAGGAUGGAAGAGGCGUCAUGGCACGACAUCCGAUCCGACAUCUUAUGACGGAAGGGAACAGGGCCAUCAGGGCCAUCAGGGCCAAGUCGCGCCAGGGAUACCAGGGGAACGAGGUGAUACUCGUGGCAUCGACCCUCAGUGAGGAGCUCCUGUUGCAGCUCGAGGCGCAGCGAAAGACGGAUCAAGCUGAGACCGAGAGCUUGCGAAGCCAUGUGGAGGCUUGGGGCGGGCCGCAAAAUGGGACAGCUGCACAGUUGGCUUCGAUUGGUUUGAACAUGUUUGAACUGGUUCAAGAGCAAAAGGAAUGUACUCAGAUUCAGCACUCAGAUCUGGCACCCACGGCGUUUGAAUCCCUGGCUACUAACUCUUUCAGCAAAUCGAUUUCCUGGUUGCCGCCCUUACUAGCAGAAUGGCUCUUGAUAGAAUAA